GUGAACCGUUGGAAGCGUCCUUAUUUCGAAAAAUGCCCCACCUAUGACUCCGCGAGCCAAGGAAAACCGUUAGAUACCGUUCAGUGUGCAUCACCGCCAGAAACAGUACCAAAUCUAAUCGUGCCCGAACCGGUUUGAGUGUAAAAAAAUUAAUCAACCCCCUGUGGUUACCGUCAUUAAAAAAGUGAGGUUAGAAUCGCGUCAUCAACAACGACGCUCGCCGAAGAACUCCCAAUAAUCAUAAAAUGGCAACUCGCAGCAAAAAAUCGACGACCCCGUUGUCGUCCCAACAACAACAACAAUCAAAUCAACGUCCCGGAAGCCCUUUGAGCCCGACAAGGCACUCUCGCCUCCAAGAGAAAGCCGAUUUACAAAAUCUAAACGAUCGUUUAGCCGCUUACAUCGAUAAAGUACGAUAUUUAGAAGCCGAAAAUAGUCGGUUAACCCGCGAAAUACAAACAUCCCAAGAAACAGUCACUCGAGAAGUUUCAAACAUCAAGUCGAUGUAUGAUUUAGAACUAUCCGAUGCGAGAAGACUCUUGGAUGAGACUCACCGUGAAAAAGCCAAGUUAGAAAUUGAUACGAAACGCCUUUGGGAUGAAAACGAGGAUUUAAAGGCUUCGUUGGCAAAGAAAAGCAAAGAUUUGUUGAUAGCCGAGAACUCUUUGAGGAAUUUGGAAACGAGGGCUAAUGAUUUAACAUUGAAAUGUAAUCAAGCUCAAAGCGAUGCUAAAAAAGCUAUGGGAGAUUUGAGAGAUACCGAAGCCGAACGGGAUAAAUUAAAAAAACAAGUUGACGAUUUAAGGAAACAACUCGAAGAGGAGAGCUUGGCACGGGUUGAUGUCGAAAAUAAUAAUCAAAGUCUUCGGGAGGAGUUAUCGUUUAAGGAUCAGGUGUUCCAACAACAAUUAACUGAAACCCGUUCUCGGCGUCAAGUUGAAAUCAGUGAAAUCGAUGGUCGCCUUGCUGAACAAUAUGAAGCUAAACUCCAACAAGCUCUUAACGAUCUCCGCGAACAAUAUGAAAGCCAAAUGGCUAGUAACCGCCAAGAAAUCGAGUACCUCUAUGAAAACAAAAUCAAAGGAUUACAAUCAGCCGCCAGUCGAAAUUCCGGAGCUGCGACCGCAGCCAUUGAGGAAUUACGCCAAGUUCGUACUCGAAUUGAUUCCUUAUCAAACCGCAUCGCUGAAUUGGAGGGGCAAAACGCUACCUUAACAACUCGAGCUCGCGAAUUAGAGAAACUCUUGGAAACCGAGCGUUUGCGCCACGCCGAAGAUUUGGCGUUGUUAGAAAACGAAUUGUCUCGACUUCGCGAUGAGAUGGCGCUUCAAUUACAAGAAUACCAAGAUUUAAUGGACAUCAAAGUUUCUUUAGAUUUGGAAAUAGCCGCUUAUCGGAAACUGUUGGAAUCUGAAGAGGCCAGAUUAAACAUAACCCCCACCGGAUCCGAACAAUUAAUUACAACAACCACAUCGCGAGGGGUUCGAGGAUCAUCCCAACGUAGAACUCCCGUUCGAAUGGGCGGAAAACGCAAGCGCACAUUGUUGGAGGAAUCCCAAGAGUCGUCAAUGUCCGAUUACAGCAUAAACAGUUCUUCGAAGGGUGAUAUUGAAGUCUCCGAAGUGUGCCCGGACGGAGCGUUUGUUAAGUUACAUAAUAAAGGGAAUAAAGAGGUGGCUUUGGGGGGUUUCAUCAUCACAAGAAAAGCUGGGGACUUGGAAACGACCUAUAAGUUCCAUAGAAAUAUUAAGGCGGAGCCGAAGGGUACAAUUACAGUGUGGUCAAGUGAUUCUGGAAAGGAUCAUGAACCUCCAACCAAUUUGGUUAUGAAGGGACAAAAAUGGUUUGUGGGGGAUAACAUGACAACGACCGUUUUGAAUACGAACGGAGAGGAAAUUGCCGUCUCGGAAAGAGUAAAAAGACAACUUUCUAGUUUGUCAUCAAGACACCGUGAAAUGUCCGGAGGUUUUUUAACGGGUGAAGAUCUCCAUCAUCAACAAGGUGAUCCGCAAGGUGAAGAAAAAUGUCGGAUCAUGUGAAAAUCCGAGUAAAAUAAACACAAAAACCUUUGAGAGUAAAAAAUAACGAUCUAAUCCCAUAGAGUUUAUAUUAAUACUAACUAUAAUCACGUAAUUGUAAGAAACAAAAAAUUUUUUUUAAUUAUUUUUUUUUAUAAUGAAAGAAAUAUUUAAAAAAAAUGUUUUCUCGGCGUCAAGUUUGAAUUUGAGAACUCGCAAUCACCUUGUGUAUUUGGAAAGUUGAAAAAGAUUGCCUUAAAAUGAAUUUUUAAUAACAAUGUUUGUCAGUUCUUUUAUUCCAACUUGAAAUUAAAAAGGUGACGUCGAUUAAAAUAAGUAUUUUGAUGAUUUCUUAGUGUAAAAAGAGAAUUUAAUGAAAACAAAGUAAAAAAGUUAAUAUUUAAAGUGAUAUAUAGGCUGGUUUAAAAUAAUUUUUAAUUUUUUUUUGAUUGGUUGUUAUGAACCAACCUGUAUAUGACGAAUUAUUAGGACUAAGUUAUUUCCAAGGGAUUUACUUUAGAUUCGGUGUUGUUUCUUCUUUAACAGUCAGUACUAGAAGAGAAAAAAAAGAAAUUAAUAAGUUUAUGUACAAGGCAUUUUAUUUU